AUGCAGGGAGAGUACUGUGCUGCGGCACUGGCACACUCUGAAUGGCUUCCAUUACUGGCAUCGAUGGUUGCUUCUGAUUCCUUCGAGGAAACGCUGAUGGCUGAGAAGAUCUGCAAUAACGGCUUGAGUGUCUUUGACAGCACAAGAAGGCGGUUGAAAACUGACGUUUAUGAGCUGUACCAUUCAGACGAAGAGCCAAUAGCCGACCUCGUUCUAAUGCAUGGCAUCCGUGGCAGUGUUUUCUGGACUUGGCGUGAGCAAGAUGAUGUGUUAAGGGCGAAUCGCACUCGCUGCUGGCCAAGG